AUAAAGUUUAUUUUACAACAGGUCAAACCACGUGUAUGCAUAUUCAUCGCAUAUUUCCGUACCUUCUCGUGCCGUAUCAUGGUCCAGAUUGUGAGUCGGCAGAUUGGAACGAAGUCGAAGCACACCUACGGCAACUAGCAUCUAGUUUAGAUAUUGCCAUAAACUCCACUUCGAAUUUCAAGAAGUCAAAACGAGAGCACGUGUACAAUAUCAUCUUAGUUCGUGCAAAGAGUUACUAUGGCUACCAUGAAGAGGAUGAAAUUUUCAUGAAAAUUUAUCUGUAUUCACCUGCUAAUUUAAAACGCGCUUCUGAAGCCCUUCAAAGUGGUGGGGUAAUGCAGCAAGUAUUCCAACCACACGAGGCGCAUGUCCCAUAUAUUCUUCAAGUGUUUAUGGAUUAUAACCUUCACGGGAUGAAUUUAAUUCACGCAAGUUCAUGCUACUUCAGGUCCCCUUUAGGUAAACCGAAAUCUGCUCCUGUAUUGCCACAAAUCCAUUCUAAUGUUGUCAGUAAUAAAGAGGAAGGAAGAACAACAGAUACAGCGCUGCUAUCGUCAUCUCAAGUCCAGAAUUUUAACUGGGCUGCUUAUAAAGAGCAGAGAGAUGCUAGUGUUUCCAUUGAAGAAGAAAAUCAAACCUCCAGUCCCAGUGUUGCCAGUACUCAGUUCAAAAACUGCAGCCAUGCUUGUGCAGAUGCUUUAUCUCGAACAUUAGGCAACACUCAGCCUGGAAAUUUAAAUGAACAGUCAGAUUUGAACAGCUCGUGCCCACUACACAUAGUGUGGUCCCAAAGUACGAUACCGAAAUCAGCGUUUUUGCCUCCUGAAGUCGAAAGAGAGAGCGUGUGUGAGUUAGAAGUGGAUGUUCUUGGUGGAGAUAUACUGAACAGGAAAGAUCUUGAAUCCGCAUCUGGAGGUAAUCCCGGGAUCGCAUCCAUCUGGGAGGAUGAAAAAGUCCGGAGGCGGGAAAGAAUGGAGAGCUCCCAGAUUGCUUUGGAUAAAUCUCAAGAUCCGAGAUCAGGUGUAAAUGUGACUGAGAAAGAAGAUAAAUACAUUUAUGAUUUAAAUGUGGCUCUGCAUCAGUAUUACGAUGACAAUGCGGACAUCACCCAGCUGGAGGACUCUGUCCGUUAUGAGAGCAUGAAACCAUCAUCUUCUCCAACCUCCAUAUAUGAGGUCCCUGCAUCUUUUCACUUCUCCCAGGACUCUGAUCCGGAGUUUACGAAGAUGAUGGGGGAAAUGGACUGGGCGGGACCUGGGAGCCAACAUAACCUGUCCCACAUUGAAACACAGCACAGUGCAUCACUAGGUGUGAACGAUCAGAUAUCAGAUGAUGAUAAUGAUAAAGAUAGAAAUGCUGAAAAUGUGCUGAGUCAUGAAAGCUAUGUGAUGACUCAGCCUUGGGAAAGCGGGAUCGAAGAUUUUCUAUUUGAUGUGGAAGAUGAUGAUGUCAUCAUUGAUGAUGUCAUACCACAAUUAGAUGGUGCAUCAGACGAACAAAAAGAACCUGUAAAAAAGAGGCUUGGUACUUCACGUAGACAUACAUACCAUCAUACCACACCCCCACCUAUUACUACAUUGGAAACCGACAAAAACCAAAGUUGUUCAAAACCCAUGACUACCACCUCUGGGGUGCAAGCUGAUGUGUCAGAAAAUUUUCAAAAUUCACGCCGUCUUAGUUCCAGCGACCCAGAACUGGCGAAAAAAAGCAAAAAAACUGUUGACGAUGCAGUCAUUUUGUUGCCAAGGGCAAAAACCAAGUUUUUACGCCAAUACUCGGUGCCGCUGGACAAGACCCUUCUCGAGACAUAA